AUGAUGAGUUUGAAGCGCUUGAAGUCGAUUGGCGAGGAAUUACUAGCGAUUCAGGCGGAAAUCAGCGAAUACCGCAAAAAUGUCGAGCAAAUCGAAUCGAUGAUGAAUUCGGAUUUGCAUUGCGCGCGAAUUUCAGGAUAUUUGCCGAAUUUGAAGAUUAAACUGCUGAAUUGCAUGAAUCAGCAAUAUUUAUUGAUUGAGGAGAAGCGCGACGAGCUCGAUUCGUUGCUCGGCGCCCUUCAGACGUUGUAUCUCGAGCAGACAUCGGCGAUUUUUUGCGGCGACGUCAAAAUCGCCAUCGAUUUUUGUCGAAAUCUGAAAAAUUACACACAAACUCCGGAUGGUGAAUGUCCGACGCUGAAAUUCCAUGAAGAGCACGCGAUUUCAAGAAUGCUCAAUGAUUUGUCGAUUUUUGCCCAAUAA